GCAGACUCUGUCAGUGUGUGCAGAAGACGCAGUCCAAAGACCGAAGGAUGAGCAGCCACGGGGCAAAGUCCUGCCAGCCCUCGGAAGUUUGCCCGAUCAUCCUCUCGCGUCUGGCCGCGACGCCAGAAGGAAGCCGGCUGAUGGUCGCCAUCGCCGGGCCACCAGGGGCCGGGAAAUCCACCCUGGCCGCCGAUCUCUGCGCCGCCAUCAACAAGGGCGCCUCCACCUCCGCCCCGGCCAUCGUCGUACCCAUGGACGGCUUCCACUACGACAACGUCGUCUUGGACGAGCGCGGUCUCCGCAAACGCAAGGGCUCGCCGCCGACCUUCGAUUGCGACGGCUUCGUGGCUCUCCUGGCGAGGCUCAGCUAUCCCUCGAAAGAGGUCGCCAUCCCGGUUUUCGAUCGAUCCUUGGAGUUAUCCCGGGCCGGGGCCGCCAUCGUGGGCCCCCAGCAUAGAGUCCUCUUGGUCGAGGGUAACUACUUGCUGCUCGACCAGGAGCCAUGGUCCGAUUUGGCUCCGUUCUUCGGGUUGUCUUUCUUCUUGGAGGUGCCUCUUCCUGAACUUGAGCGACGGCUCCUGCAGAGGCGUCUGGCGCACGGCCAUGAUGAGGAAGCGUCCAAGGAACAUAUUCGCGUUAACGAUGUUCCCAAUGCUAAACUCGUGCUCUCCAAUUCCCGUCAGGCUGACUAUGUUGUCCCAAAUGAGUUUCAUUAAGAAGUUGAGAGCCUUUUGUUGUUUAGCCGAGUUUCCAACCAAACACUGCAGCUGAUUGUAAGACCUCUCGGUGGUUAUGUACCGAUAGCGAGACUGCAGAAAUGCGCCUAUAAGUUUGCGGCGCACAGAGGGUCGAGUCGAUUUCAGAGGUUGGACAUACAAUUUUUGACUAAAACUGCAAAUUUUGAUGUUUAUUUCGUGACAUUUUAAAUUUCAAGGGGUGCUUCUUGAAGAAGAUUUCACGAGAAAACCAGUGAAACCACUGUUGUAACCUCACAGUUUUGUAUAAACAUAGUUAUGAGAGUUUAAAGUUUCUAAAUUUUGUCCGUCCUCUCCUAUUGACCCAAUCCACGGUGCGGCGUUGCAGACUUCCUGUCAUACUUUAUUUUCACUUGGAAAAUCACUGAACGUCAUUUCUUGAAAACUUGGGUGAUUUUUCUCCUCUUUGUGAGAAAUGUUCUGUGAGAAUUUCAAGCCGUGAUGAUGAUUCGGUCUCCUUUUAAAAAAUAAAAUAGGACCGGGGAUUUGGAAACACCGUAUUUAAGAUACGCAUUUUUGCAGUUUUGCCAUCGAUAUGCAAACAUCACAAAUGAGUUUUGUCGCUUUAAAUUACUCCCUUUCCUUUCAUUGUUUUGAAAUCCGAAACAAUACCCUUGGAGUCCUUUCCCACUCGAAUCGAAUCACCCGAGCGCAGAUUUGAAGCCUUUCCACCACCCCGAAGUUUACCACUUAAUUCAUGUAAGAGGCCACUUCUUGCAUUUUAUUUUUGGCCGCGGCCCCCCGAAUUGUGUAAACCUGCUAUAGCCUUUGUUAUGGCAUAUCCAGAGCAGUUAAUUAUCUGAGCCAUUUUGCCGCGCACUAAAAAAGACAAUUACAUGGCGCACUUGUGUACAAACGAGAAUCGAACAAAAAUAUUUUUGUUGUUAAAUUAAAGUGAGAAAUGAUUUACGUAUAUUUCUAAUGUAAAAGCCUAAGUCAAAAUAAUUUUUGUAAGGUUUUAAUGUCUUAUUUCUACCUCAUAUAUUUAAAUAACCCAUACCCCACUUGUAAAAAUCGUUAUUUUUUUAAAUCAUAUGUUUUAAUAAAAUUGUUUUUAUUUUUCGUAACAUA